GGUGUCUCUACGAAAGAAACACUAUCCACAAACCAUGAGUCGUGGUCAGGCUUCAGGCGCACAAAUUGGCGCACUCGAUAGCGGCGAGUCGUUGACCGCAUUGGAGACGAAGCCUCGCGACUUUUGGUUGGAAUCUGGUCGUUCACGUCUUUCCCGCUAUAUUAGCAUCGAUACGGCCGACCCACCAGAAACUAUCGUGCACACUCGCGACGCCAUAGAUGAUGAGAUCGAAGGCCUUUACAAAACCAUACUGCUCAUGAAAGCACAAAGGAACGCUCUAGCUCCCGUUUUACGACUACCUCCCGAGCUUCUGUGUCGCAUCAUGCUAUUUUUUCGAUCUAUAGAGCGCCCGACAAUCCUCGAUUCUGCACGUAUUAAUCCGCGGGCAAUGCAGCAUAACAGACUUGGAUGGAUCCGUCUAACUCACGUAUCGCGGCAGUGGAGGACGCUAGCCUUGGGUUUACCUCACCUGUGGAAUGAGAUACAUCUCGAUGUUUUCGGCAUCACCUGGUGUCAAGAGUUAGUUUCUCGUUCCAGGGAUGUACCCCUGAAACUUCAUUAUCAUACAUCGUGGCAGGAUGUCCAUAUCCCUAAUCCCUUCACCCAUCUCAACGAACCACCUACCUCGAAACUGUACGACUUCAUUCACAAGCACCUCGCUCGGUCUCAAGAAAUCUCGUUCACCAAUUUGGGCAUGCAUCAUAGAUCACAACUUCUGUGCGCUUUGGACCGCCCGGCUCCUCUUCUCGAGGUUUUGCGAUUAGAAGGGGCGAAGGCGAUCCCGUCCAAUUUCGACUUGCCUGAUCUACUUUUCGACCGCAAUGCGAUGUCAUCUCUACGAACCGUCGCAUUCCAAGGGAUAACCUUCCCAACUACUCAUGUUUUCUCCCAUGUCACCAACUUUUCUCUGUCACUCAAUCCCCGUGAUCUUGUGAAUCGCGAUGCGAUAUCAAAUCUGCUCCACAGUCUCAGUACCAUGUCCGCACUCGAAUACCUUGAGCUCGAAAAUCUUCCUGUGGACCACUCCUUCGACGAUCUUCCUACAACCUUGCCCGUCAACCUUCCCCGCCUUUCCGUACUUUGUCUUCGUGCCAGAGAUGCAUUCGCGUUCUCCACCUUGUUUGCUUUUCUCGCUCUUCCCCUGAGCGUUAGGUUUCACAUCAUCGUAGAGGAGAAUUCCAGUUGGACCACUGAGUCGAAUGCGAAUUUCAUUUUCAACUCAUUGCAUGUACACUACUCGACGCACAACGACCCAGAAUCCUUCUUCUCGACGAUCACCGACCUAGAGGUCGUCUAUGGCGACCCAGAGCUCCAGAUCAGGGCAUACGACCCACGUCUUCUCACCAGCUUGCCCACUCACGCUAUGGUCGAGAGUCCUGGCGGUUUGAACGACGCGCUAAACUCUACAACGCAAAUUCUCGUCAAGAUCUUGGACCCGGCGAGACGAAAUGCAUAUGGUCACGCAUACAUCGAUCAGAACGCUCUUCUUUCCAUGGUGCAAUUACUUCCAUCGGCCAGUUUCUCAUCCCUAACGAUCGCUGGAUCCGUCCAUCCGUCGAACCCUGUAACACCAUACCGAACCAUCUUCAAUCAUCUGUCCAACUUGACUCUCGUAUCCAUCGACAACCCCGCAGAGGUGGACCUCUUCUGCGAAGCCCUUUUGCCACCUUCUCACGAAGACCCCCCUGUCGAAAACUCCGUCCGAGUUCCCUCCGAACUACCUCUUCCAUGUCUCAGGACCCUGACGCUCUCUCGCUGCCUGCUUGGCUUUAAAGAGCCUACUGCGAGCCACGGAAAGCGUACUCUUCUCGAAACCCUCGUCCUCAUGACCGAGUGGAGAAAGCGGUUGGGGGUUCCAUUGGAUUGUAUGGACGUACAGAGAUGCUACCGCGGCCAUGGACUGCCGCACGCAGUGUACGCAGAGUUGACGAGACGAUUAUCGAGUGCGGUCUCUGAACUAGCCUUGCCGAUGAGUAUGGAGCUUGUGGACGACGGGGAAGAUGCGUAUAAGGAUGGGCUGGCUGCUUUAGACACUGACUAGCUGUCAUUCUUGGCGUGAAGGGAAUCGUUCACUGAUAUUGGCUGCUUUGAUACAUCACGGCGGUACACAUAUUCCAAGGUCAUUCAUCGCGUGUGUUCGCCGUGAGCCGUU